AAGCUUUUUGUUGUCAAAGAACGUCAGAAAAACGUCAUGUUUUGAAAAAUUAUUUUAGUUCCCCCAAGUAAAAUAAAUAAAAAUUGAAGAAUAAAAGCAUAUAGAUGAAAAAGCGCUAAUUUUUCAACUGAGUAAUAUUCUGCACUCUGAUCAAAUCAUGGCAGAUUCAAUGCCAUCCCCACAAAAUACAGGAAUGCAGCAGCAGACUACCUCUGUUACAAUCGUUGAAACUGAACCGGAUCAGAGUUCUGAAGUGGCAACUUUACGUUUACGUUUAAGAAAGCCAGCAACAGAUAAGAAAGUUCAGUGGUCUACUGAAACCGUGGACAAUGAGAAUAUGAACAGAAAGAAAUCAAAAUGUUGUUGUAUAUACACAAAACCUCGUAGUAUAGAUGAAGACAGUACUAGCAGUUCUUCAUCAUCAGAUUCCGAUGACGAAUGCGAACAUUGUAAAGGUCAUAUAAAGAAGAAGAAAACACAUCAUGAUCACAACAAUUCAGUGCAUACACAGCCAAUUAGUAGUUCAGAAAAUGAGACUGGUCCUAGUUUAAACGAUAAUGAAGAAAAAGUUGAGAAUUAACUGUUUCGGCUUUAUAUUGUGAUCAUUGUAUAUUAUAUUAAGAGUUCGAGUUCUAGACCAAUUUUUGAAUUUUUAGAAAGAUUUUAACUGAAAUAAAUCCGCCAAAGUUUCAACAAGCUCAUUUCACUCAUUAAUUUUGAUGCCUGAUUUAUUGAAAAAGUCAAUAUUUACACAAUUUGAUUGAAUUAAUUUUAGUAUUACCAGUCUUAACCAACAAUAUAAUGGCAGUUAAAAGGCUCACAUUAUGGUAUUAUUGUUGUUAGAAGAAAACUAAUAAAAAAAAUUUCUUUGAUUUGCCAUAUUUAUUGCUCAAAUGUACCUAGUAGUUUUACUUUCUGGAUUAGAAGAAUCUGCACAUGGAGAAAUUUAUGGAAUUGCAAUGAUUUUUAAGUGAUAGGUUAUAAGAAAGUUAUAUAAGCUUAUAUUUGCAAAUGUGUUGUAAAAAUUCACGAUGAGCACAUGUUACUGUCACAUUGGGUUGAAAUAAAUAAUCAUAAAAAUUG